AUGGCGACAAACGACGAACGUAUCUGCUCGGAAGCCCUUAAGAAAUACAGAGAAGGUCAGAAGGAGUUGCACUGCGAGUUUGUAGACAUAGAAAAGACUUAUGGCAGGAUGGCGAGACAGCAGUGUUGGCACUGUAUGAGGAAGUCAUCGGUGGCAGAGAAGUAUGUGAAGGUGGUAAAGGACAUGUAUGACGAGAGCGAAAAAGCAGUGAGGUGUGCAGCAGAGAUGACUGAGGGUUUCAAGGCGGAGCUGGGUUUGCACCAAGGAUCGACCUUGAGUCCUUUCUUGGUCGCAACGGUGAUGGAUUGA